UUAACGUGGAGGGAAAGGAUUAGGCAUUUUACUUGGACUUGGUUUACUAUGACUAUGGCCACAGGUGGGAUUGCUAAUGUAUUGUACACUGUGCCCUUCCGCUUUCACGGAAUCUAUGCUCUCGGCUGCAUAUUCUUCAUUUUGAACAUCACCCUCUUCCUCUUCAAUGUGUCCAUGAUCAGCCUGCGCUUCUACUUCUAUCCUAGGACUUUCAAGGCUUCUUUCCUACACCCAACCGAGUCACUCUUCAUACCCGCUGCAGUGAUCAGUUUCGGCACCAUCUUGAUCAACAUCUCGCAGUACGGGGUCGAUACCACUGGGUAUUGGUUAGAGAAAACGAUGGCGAUUAUGUACUGGGUGGACUGCGGACUAGCAAUUUGCUUUUCGAUUGGGAUUUACCUAAUCAUGUGGUCCACGCAGACCUUCACUAUUUCACAGAUGACACCAGUUUGGAUCUUUCCUGCCUACCCUCUUCUUAUCAUCGGCCCUCACGCCGGAAACCUCGCGCCAAAAAUUGGCGACCCGAUCCGCGCCCUCAACAUCAUUAUCUCGGGCUACGUCAUCCAGGGUAUUGGCUUCCUCGUCUCCCUCAUGAUAUACUCUGCCUUCCUCUACCGCCUAAUGACGCAAAAACUCCCCAAAGAAUCCCUCCGGCCCGGAAUGUUCAUCUCGGUCGGUCCCUCGGGCUUCACAAUCGCAGGGGUUGUUAACAUGGGACAAACCCUACCAAAAGUCGUCCCACCGGACUUCAUGGGCCCUGGCAUGGGUGAAUUUGCAGGCCGUGUGAGCAUGGUAUGUGCGAAUUGGAUGGGUCUCUGGCUAUGGGGUCUCGCAUUCUGGUUCUUCUUCGUGUCAGUUGGCGCACACUGGUCUUGCGCGACACGGGGGAAGAUGGACUUCGCAAUGACGUGGUAUUCAUUUGUUUUCCCGAAUACGGCGCUCACGACUGCCACUUUUGCUAUUGCAAAGGCCUUAGGGAUGAAUCGCCCGAUUCAGUAUGUUGGGUGUGCGAUGACGAUUGCGUUGGUGUUGACGUGGUUUUUGGUGUUUGGGAUGAUGAUUAGAGCAGUUUGGCUUGGGCAGAUUCUUUGGCCGCAGAAGCAAGAGGAUAGGACGGAGGGAGGGUGGGAGCAGCCGAGUAUUGAU